CGUCCCACUCUCUCUUGUAUACAACUUGAGCAAUGCUCCUUCCUGGUAUUCUUAAUUCAUUGGUCAAGUCAAGGGACAUAAACAAAAGAAAUUCGGACAAAUGGUACUCCUAAGAUUUCUUUUAUUGAAUUAUUGCAAUCUUUUUUUACCAUUUAAGAAAUUAAAUAAUUGUGAUUAGGGUACCUUUAGGAAUAUGAACAAACAUGCAAUUUUUACUGAUAAUGUUUACUGUUGCAAUAUUAACUUGUGUGGGACAGGGUUCAAUAUAUAACAACCUAAAGUACUUUGAAAUCAUACAUGCCGAUCACUUGUCUCACCAUGUAGUAAAGAGGGGCUUACAAGAAAGCGAUCAUCCCUUUAAUACAAUUAAAGAAGUCGCAUUUAAAGCUUUGGGGAAGGAUUUCAGAAUUAUCUUAACUCCGAAACGGGACGUGCUACAUUCCAAAUUUAAAGCGUACAGUGUUGACGGAGAUGGAAAGCAAACGUCUGUGCAUUUCGAUCACAACAAUUUCUAUCGAGGGCGUGUUUUUGGGGAAAUGAAAUCAGAUGCUAAUCUUCAUAUUGACAAUGACGGGGUUAUGACAGGCGCACUGCAUCUUCCUGAUGAGACUUAUCACAUUGAGCCUUCUUGGAGGCACCUUUCAGAUGGGAAUAAUAAAACCAUGAUUGUAUAUAAAGGUUCAGACGUGAAGUUAAGUUGGGAUCAGUCAAAUUAUAACGAUGACGUGAUGGGCCCGAAAAUUUGCGGGUACAUAAAAGAAGGAAGUGAAUUAGAGAGUGACGCAGAAAACGAAGUUGAAAAUGUUUGGAAGUCAAAUACGCACAGGGAAAAACGCCAAGUAGAUCAUUAUGAGUAUACACCAACGAAAACCCGAUGUCCAUUACUGUUGGUAGCGGAUUAUCGAUUCUUUCAAGAAAUGGGGGCGAGCAACACCAAAACUACAAUUAAUUAUUUAAUCAGUCUCAUUGAUCGCGUCCACAAGAUAUACAACGAUACAAUCUGGCACGAUCGUCAAGAAUUGGAUGGGUUUAAAGGUAUGGGAUUUGUGAUUAAGAAAAUUGUUGUCCAUAGCGAGCCUACGCGGGUGAGAGGUGGGGAGGCUCAUUAUAAUAUGGUUCGCGAAAAGUGGGACGUACGAAAUUUGCUGGAGGUGUUUUCGCGAAAUAAAGAAUACGAGGACUUUUGUUUAGCACAUUUAUUUACGCAUCAAACGUUUAGUGCGAGAGAUUCAGUAGUAUUGGGCCUAGCUUAUAUUGCAUCUCCUCAAGAUAGAAGGCAUGGCGGAAUUUGUACUAAGGAGUACUUUAAAAAUGGUUACACUUUGUAUUUAAAUUCGGGACUAAGCUCAAGUCGGAACCAUUACGGGCAACGUGUAAUUACUCGCGAAGCAGACUUGGUUACUGCACACGAAUUUGGUCAUAAUUGGGGCUCUGAACAUGAUCCCGACAUACCAGAAUGCUCUCCAAGUGCUAGUCAAGGUGGUUCGUACCUCAUGUAUACGUACAGUGUCAGUGGGUAUGAUGUAAAUAACAAAAGGUUUUCACCAUGCAGCUUGAGGUCCAUUCGUAAAGUACUGCAAGCUAAAUCGGAGAGGUGUUUUUCGCAACCAGAGGAAAGUUUUUGUGGAAAUUUGAGAGUAGAGGGCGAUGAGGAGUGUGAUGCUGGACUGUUGGGCACCGAAGACAAUGAUCCCUGUUGCGAUAAGGAUUGUAAGCUUCGUAGAAUUCAAGGAGCUGUUUGCAGUGACAAGAACUCUCCGUGCUGCCAGAACUGUCAGUACAUGACAAAGGGCGUAGAAUGUAGGAAGGCCCAAUAUACAACAUGUGAACGGGAAUCAAAUUGUACUGGAAUGCAUGCAGAGUGCCCUCGAAGUCCCCCUAUGCCAGAUGGAACAGAUUGCCAGGAGAGAGGAAAAUGUAGGGGUGGUAAAUGUACCCCAUAUUGUGAAACACAAGGACUUCAAAGUUGUAUGUGUGAUAUAAUUGAGAAUGCGUGUAGAAGGUGUUGUCGUACAAGUAUGAAUGAAACCUGCUUCCCUAUUGAACCGCCAGAUAUACUACCAGAUGGAACACCUUGUAUCCAAGGAUUUUGUAACAAGGGAAGUUGUGAGAAAACUAUACAAGACGUAGUGGAACGUUUUUGGGACAUAAUAGAAGACAUAAAUAUAAAUAAAGUUCUUCUGUUUCUCCGUGACAAUAUUGUGGGAUCAGUUGUAAUUAUUACUGCACUGAUAUGGAUUCCUGCAAGUUGUUUGGUAGGAUAUGUGGAUCGAAAGCGAAGGAAGCAAGAAGAGCGAUAUUGGAGGUGGCAAAAUAAAAAUGACUUAAUACACCCUUCAGAUCCGCGAAGAGUUAUUCAUAUACGAGUUCCACGUCCGAAUCAACCUAGCAGUACUAGUUCUCAAAAUGGUAAUCAUGCGUAAUCAUACUUUCUAAAUUAUAUGUAAAUUCAUCUCAUUUGUAAGUGUAUUGUAUUAUAUUUAUGGUGUAAUAUGUUAGGUAGGUUGUAAUUUUUUGUACAGUUGCAUUUGUUGUGCACUUCUUGUAUAUGUCCUGUUUUGUUAAUUAUUACUAGUUAAAGCAAUUAAAGAUGUUUCCGUAUUGAA